AGGGCCUAGAGAGUGAGAGAGAUAAGUGGGAUUUACAAUUUUUAGUGUUAUAAUUUUUCGCUUUGAGAUAAGGAAAAAAAAUAAAAUAAUAAAAUAAUGAAAAAUCUUUGGAAAUAAAAGUUGUGGCUAUAGUUUAUUUAGGCCAUGUAUUUGUUGUAUCCCUUACUACAUGAACCAUUCCUCGUCACUCACUCUUCUUCUAGCUAGCUCAUCUAUUUCUCUCUCUCCUUCUCAAAGGGCCCAUCUUUGUUGCCACUAGUCUAAGAGAAGAUUAACCCUCAAAACUUAAAAUCAUUGGGGGAUGAAUUUCACCCCUAAAAAAAGUUGGGAACAUAAUCAGCUUCAACUUUUCUCCCUUAAUGACUUAAAAAUCUCAUCUUUUAUCUUCAUAUGACCAGAAAACUGUACAGACAGGUAUAGGUUCAGAUAAAAUCACAGUCCCCUGGUGUGUCGCAAAGAGAGAGAAAGAGAGAGAAAAGAGAAAGUGGGAUAUGGUGUAUAGUUGAGAGAGGAGAAAGAUAGAGAAAGAGAGAAAAAAGAAGACAGAUUUUCAAUUUGCAAGCUCAGAGGGCGGUUAGUGGUGGAUUAAGGAGAUGUCAGGAGGUGGAUGUAGCAUAGUAUGGUUCAGGAGAGAUCUAAGGGUAGAAGAUAAUCCAGCUUUAGCAGCUGGUGUUAGAGCAGGUGCUGUGAUUGCUGUCUUUGUCUGGGCACCCGAGGAAGAAGGUCAUUACUAUCCUGGGAGGGUAUCAAGAUGGUGGCUUAAGCAAAGUUUGGCUCAUCUUGAUUUCUCUUUGCGAAGUUUUGGCACUUCUCUCAUCACCAAAAGAUCUGCUGAUAGUGUUUCUUCUCUUCUUGAGGUUGUCAAGUCCACUGGUGCCAAACAAAUACUCUUCAACCACUUAUAUGACCCCUUGUCUCUUGUCAGAGAUCAUCGAGCAAAGGAGGUUUUGACUUCUCAAGGCAUAGUUGUGCGUUCCUUUAAUGCUGAUUUGCUGUAUGAACCAUGGGAGGUUAAUGAUGAUCAAGGCCGCCCAUUCACAACCUUCACAUCUUUCUGGGAGAGGUGCCUUAGCAUGCCAUAUGACCCGGAAUCUCCACUUCUCCCACCUAAGAGAAUAAUUUCAGGUGAUGUAUCAAGGUGCCGUCCUGAUACACUGGUGUUUGAAGAUGAUUCAGAGAAAGGAAGCAACGCUCUCCUCGCUCGAGCUUGGUCUCCUGGUUGGAGCAGUGCUGAUAAGGCUCUCACAAAUUUCAUUAAUGGACCACUCAUUGAGUAUGCAAAAAAUCACAAGAAAGCUGAUAGUGCUACAACUUCACUUCUCUCUCCCCACUUGCAUUUUGGGGAGGUAAGUGUGAGAAAAGUGUUCCAUCUUGUUAGGAUCAAGCAAGUUUUGUGGGCCAAUGAAGGAAACAAGGCUGGUGAGGAGAGUGUGAACUUGUUCCUAAAGUCUAUUGGUCUAAGAGAAUACUCAAGAUACAUGAGUUUUAAUCACCCAUACAGUCAUGAAAGGCCCCUUCUUGGGCAUCUAAAGUUCUUUCCAUGGGUUGUGAAUGAGGAUUAUUUCAAGGCAUGGAGGCAAGGUAGAACUGGAUAUCCAUUGGUGGAUGCUGGCAUGAGGGAGUUGUGGGCCACUGGGUGGCUUCAUGAUCGAAUUCGGGUAGUAGUUUCGAGCUUUUUUGUUAAAGUUUUGCAACUUCCUUGGAGGUGGGGAAUGAAGUAUUUCUGGGAUACACUCUUGGAUGCUGAUCUCGAGAGUGAUGCUCUUGGUUGGCAAUAUAUAUCUGGUACUCUCCCUGAUGGCAGGGAAUUCGACCGCAUAGAUAAUCCACAGUUUGAGGGGUACAAAUUUGAUCCACAUGGAGAGUAUGUAAGGAGGUGGCUUCCUGAACUUUCGAGAUUGCCAACUGAAUGGAUUCACCAUCCCUGGAAUGCACCAGAAUCUGUACUGCAAGCUGCUGGAAUUGAACUGGGAUUAAACUACCCUCUCCCUAUUGUUGGAAUAGAUGCUGCAAAAGCCAGAUUGGAAGAAGCACUAUCUGAGAUGUGGGAGCAAGAAGCAGCUUCCAGGGCUGCAAUAGAGAAUGGAACCGAGGAAGGUCUUGGAGAUUCCUCUGACAACAACGACGGUGUGAUUGCCUUCCCUCAAGACAUACAAAUGGAGGAGAACCGUGAACCUCCAAGGAACAAUCCUCCUCCUCCAACAACUCGACACUAUGAAGAUCAGAUGGUCCCAAGCAUGACUACUUCUUUGUUCAGGGUCGACGAGGAAGAAUCCUCUGUGGAUUUUCGUACUUCAGCAGUAGACAGCCGAGCUGAAGUGCCAACAAAUGUUGUUGUGACACAGGAACGAAGGAGUGAAGUGUUGAACCGUGGACCUGUGCAGACUAUCACUCAGCCACAGUACAAUCCAACUGCAAUGCAGUAUGUUGCUGAGGAUUCCACAGCAGAAUCUUCAAGUACUACUAGGAGAGAGCGAGAUGGUGGUGUUGUUCCUGUUUGGUCUCCUUCAGCUACCAGUUACUCGGAGCAGUUUGUUAGUGAAGAAAAUGGUAUUGGCGCAAGUUCUUCUUAUUUGCAGAGACAUCCUCAGUCUCAUCAAAUAAUAAACUGGAGGAGGCUAUCUCAAACCGGGUGUGAACUAUUUUCUCUUAUCUGAAAACAAAAUAAAAAUGCGCAUUAUGUGGCUGCUUUUUGCUGGAUUAGUCUGAUUGAAAAGUGAUUAAUAUUCUCUCAACUAAUAACUUUUUUUUUCUUUUUUUUCUUUUUCCUUAUUUGAUAUGUAAAAAUUAGGUGAAGAGAAAGAAAACAUCCAUACUUGGGAUAGCAAAAACCGCAGGUGAAAAAUGCAGUGUUGACUGUAUCUAAUAGGCGACGCGACGUAAGAGGUGGAAGUUUGCUCGAGAUGGGAUUAAGCAACGCAUCGGACCUGUUUCUUCUUCUUGUUGGCUAGUUUGGCCUGGAACGGCAGUUGACCUCUAAUCCGUAUUAUCUCCUUAGUGUAGGAAGCACCGGGGCAAUCCUUUUGUCCCUUGUUGUAUCAUAUUAUGUAGCUUUGUUGUAUAGUAAAACGUUGUUCUCAUAAGAGAGAGUUUAGGUAAGUAAAAGAUAGAAUGUGUAGUCCUAGAAUAAACUCAGGCUUGUGCUUUAAUCCCCAGAUGUUUUAUCGUGACGUUUUUUAUUUAAGUAUCCAGGUUUUCUUCA